CCCCCGUCGGAUCACAUGAGUGAGAAGUGCCGCGUCUCUCUCCGCCUGCCCGCCCGCCUCCUCCCGCAGUCUGCGCUCGGGCGAGUGGCGGCGCGCAUCCGGCUCCCCGCCCGGAGCAGAGCGCUGCGCUGCGCUGCGGAGCCCGGCACCACCCGGCGCGGAGCGGGAGCGGCACCGGCACCCGGGGCUCCCCUCGCUCACCCGCCACGGCUCGAGGCGCACGGGGGCACCCGCCUCUCCAAAAUGCAGCAGCAACAACAACAACGUCGAAUGGUCACAGCUGCCUUCUUGGCAUUCAUUUUUGUUUUAGUAGCCGUGAGUACUACUGAGGCUGGCAAAAAAGAGAAACCAGAGAGGAAAGCUAAGAAGUCUGACUGUGGAGAGUGGCAGUGGAGCGCUUGUGUGCCUACCAGUGGAGACUGUGGCCUGGGGACUCGUGAGGGCACUCGUACUGGAGCUGAAUGCAAACAGACUACGAAGACCCAAAAGUGUAAGAUCCCCUGCAAUUGGAAGAAGCAGUUUGGAGCAGAGUGUAAGUACCAGUUUCAGGCCUGGGGUGAAUGCGACUUGAAUACUGCUUUGAAGACUCGAACUGGGAACCUAAAGAGAGCUCUUCACAAUGCUGAAUGCCAGAAGACUGUUACAAUCUCAAAGCCCUGUGGGAAACUUACCAAACCCAAGCCUCAAGAACCCAAGAAGAAGAAAAAGGAAGGCAAGAAACAGGAGAAGAUGCUGGAUUAAUAGAAGCCAAGCUGGUCAGCAUGAGAAAGGGACAUCGGCAGCCACGAUCAGUUAACAGUUUCAUUUACACCUAGGCAUUUUAUCCUAAAAUUAUUUAUAGCUUAAUAGUACAAUAGAAGGAAAGAAACAAAUACACACACACACACACAAAAAAAUCUUUUUUUCCUUUUUAUUUUACUUUAGUAUUUUUAACAUAUAACCCUAACAAUGUUUUUAGAGGCCUGAAAUAAAGGACUGUAACUUCCUUUAGAAAAGUAUUUCUAUUUUAUAUUGAACAAUGUAGAAGGUUUUAAAGAUUUUUUUUUCUCAAGUUUUAUAUUAGGUCUUGAUCCUAUGAAUUAGUCCACACGGGCUAAGGCUUGAGCAUACAGAGCCUAACUGUAGUCAGUGGAACUUUGUUGUAACGGUCUUUGCCUGAAAGCUGCAGUGUUUUAGGAUUGUGGCCUUGGGUCAGAAACAAACAAACCUUUCUUUCUUUUUCCUUUUAUCUUUUAAAUUCUUGUUACAGCUAGAGAGCUCUGUGAAUAAUCAGCUGGGUAGGGAUUUUUGGAUAUUUGCAGGUAAGAAUUUUUUUUUUUCUGGUUAAUCUUCAGGUGAAAGGCCACCAUUUCUAGGUUAAAAACUCAUCGUCUCUGCUGCUGGCAAUUUUCCUUUCUCCGAUAGAAAAAAGGUGGGGUUAGCAAAGUCCUGAAUUUUUCAUUUUUCCCCCUCAGAAGCUGAGAGAGUAUUUUUCAUAGAAGAAUGACAGCAGAACUCUCUUUUUGUUUUCAUAUUAAAUUCAAGGUGAUGGAGAAAAAUGUUUUCUUCUCUAUCUAAAAAUCCUGAAACCCCCCCAGAAAUUCUGGGGGUUUUUUUCCAGCAGUGAAAACAGCCUUUUUUUCCUUACACAUUUAACCUGCAUUAUUGUUUUUGCCUGACUCAGCUCCCACUGAUGUUAGUGGAAGACCUCCUAUUGAUUUUACUUAGAACUGGUAAAAAAAAAGAAGUAUUUACAGCAGAAAAUAGCUAAAGAAAUGAAAGUAAAAAAAUGUCAUGGACUAUUUGAUAUUUUGACACAAAAUUAAACAACGUUUGAGAGGGGCUAGAUAUAAAAAAAAAAAAAAAAAAAUCAAUGUUUUUGUUCUCUUUCAUUUCCCAUUACAGAGAGAGGAGGGUGGGAAUGAAAACCAAAACAGUUUUCUGUUUUCAUCCACAAAUUGGAAUAGUUCAGCCAAAAUAAAAUUUUUGUGCUGUGAAAUUUUCAUUUAAAAAUAUUUUGUGGGGAAAAAUUAAAUGGAAACAAUUUGAUUGGCUGUAAUUUCAACCGGUGCUGAAUCUCUUCUUCUGAGGAGAGGGGAGUCUUCUUUCUUUCAUUUUGACCAUUAUUCAAAAUGAUUGUGAGAUCAGGGGAAAGACCCAUUUCUUAUGAGCCAAUUUGCUAUCCAACUGGCUCCUUGAAGAUCUCACCAUGUGGUGGAUUGGGAAGAGGAUUGGUUUUCGCACAAGGCCGCUUUUAGACUGACAUUUUCAAAGGAGCUAAAGGAAGUUCGGUGGCCAAAUCCCAUUGAAUUUGCUUUGAAAAUCAUAGACUAAAAGAAGAAGGGAGGGACUACGUACUUUGUAUGAUCAACAGGCUGCCAAUCUUAUAAGUGUUGGGGGGACUCUGCCAAACUCCACUCAUUUCCGUGGUGCUGCAUCAGACAUAGUAUAAGCAAAUGAUCUGAAUUAUAUUCACAAAGCUUGCAGAAAUAGUGGGGAAUUUUUCCCAUGCUAACCUCCCACAUGCCUCCCUACCCCAAACAAACUCUGGGACAGACCUUCCUCAUGCUUAUACUAAAGUUAUGUCUACAUUGUAGUCAAUAUGCAAGUACAAUUCACAUGGACACAUUUGAAUUCAUUUUAUAUCAACUAGGUUGGGUACUGAGAGCAGUAAUGCCAUAACAGCCCAGAUAUCUGCCUGGACUAUCAACCAGGUAUAUGCCUGGCGCUGGAAACAUUUUGCCUGUAAUUCAUGCUGAGUUCCAUGUGCUUUGGCUACACUGUUAUUGUUACCUGAGCUUGAAAUGGAUAUUUGGGUGGGCCAACAUUUAGAGCAGAUGAGCAAAAAUCAAAGCCUAUUAAUAUAUUUAAUUAAACUUGACACCCUGAGGCUCUGACUGGUGGGCCUAGAUGCAAAUUGGCCCACUUUGGCUACGCCUCUGACUUCAACUAAGUAGCUGCAGCUAUCUGAGCUGUAGUCAUGCAUUGACUGCAUUGUAGGCAUAUCCUGAGGGUAGAUGUUUUUGGCUAUGCCUUAGAGCAGAAUUUGAGAACUGCUUCGGUGUGUCUCUGGAGCUCUUCCUUGUGCCCUACAAUUAGAAACUGUUUGAUAUACAAGCAGUGGGGGAUUCAGUUGCUGGGAGGGAACAUAGUUAUAGGAGAAUAGUUGCUUUUCACUCGCCAAAGGCUUGUUUACAUACUGAACUAAUUUAGCCGGUACAGCUUUUAAACUUGGUUUCCAGUGGUCAAGGUAGCUAUCAAGAGUCAAGAAUGAAGCAAAGACAGACAGCCUGAUUGUUCCUGCACAUAUACUGGUUUUUAUAGUCAUAGCUCCUUGUUUCUACCAGGUAGAAUUGAAAAGAGAACCAUGUGUUUAGCUCCUUGGGGAGUGCUCACUUGGCACCUCAUGACACAUGAUCAGCAACCCAUCAGGCUGAUUAAAAGAAUAAUCUUAACAGGGUCUACAGGAAACCCAUUGAGUCCUUAUUAUCAAGAGGAUGAUGGCAGUGAUGCAUGGCCUCAACAGAGUCUAAAGAGGAAAAAUGAAAAUAUCCUCAUGGCUCCAGGACAACAGUGCAGAAAAUCCCUUGGUGUGGAGGGAAUAAAGAUGUGGGGUGAUGAAAAUGUUUCCAGUAUGCCACCAGCCAUAGAAGAUCACAUACAUACUGGUACUGGUAUCAAUAACCAAAGUAAAUAUUUUGUACUUCACAAAAGGGAAGAAAAUAUCUAGCAAAUCAGCCAGAAGAAUUCCAUGGGGAGGCCUGGAUGACGGUAGAGAAGAGACAUACUAAUUAUGCCAAACCGGAGAAAACAGUUACAAUUCACCUUUCAAAAGAAACAGAACAGCCAGGUCAGCUGUAAAAAAAGGCACCGGGGUGUGAGUUGACCUAGAAAACUGGUCCAGCUGUUUUUCUAGUGAAGUUAAAUUGCAAAACAAGAGAAAAGCUUCUGAGUACAUGUUCACUCUCCAUCCAUCCUCUCUCCAUCUGCCCAGAGUCAUUUGGCAGAUCCUACCCAUUAAUUUCUUUAUCCUAUAAUCUCCCAUUGUCUUAUAGAGGCUUCCACAAUGGUUACCUUCCAGCUAAGGAGGGAAAGUAUGUCUUUCCUUCUAAAUUAUAAUUUUAGGAGAAGGAAAGACAUACUUACCUACACACACACACACGCACAUAUAUAUAUUAUAUAUAAAAAAUAUGUUUAAAUCAAGAACAACUUGGCAUACUAGCACCAAAUUUACAGAAACAAACAAUGUAUCCCACUUAGGGAUUGAGCCAUUAUUUUAAUCAGUUUAAUGAAAUAAGCUAGAGUUACCUGUUACUAGGCGAGUGUCCCACCCCAGGAUUUAUAUUCUUCGAUUUAGAUUUUGAAACUUUUUGGCUUUUGGCAGCUGUGCUCUAUAUCUCUAAUGUGUUGAAUCACCUCCCCAAAACUUCAGGGAAGCCCAUAUUAUGGUAGGGACUCAAAUAGGUUAGGCCACUGUCAAGUUUGACAUUUCUCUAGGUAGAAAUACCCUGCGCUGAAAAGGAGUUCCUGUUUGAACUUCACAUUGUCUCACCACCAGUCAGCAUCUUCUACUUUUAUAGUGCUACUCCUGUUGGUGCUGUUUCUUUUUCAGGGGAGGACACUAUUUUCAUUUUGAGACCAAUAACUGUCACCAAUCAGGGAACAGCUUCAGAGGGCCCUGGUCAAGAAUUGCUGGGUACUAACUCAGAAGCACCUUAUUCAAGCUCCUUCUGUUUAUUUCUCCCAUCACAUAUCUUUCUUUCCAGAGAGCAGGAAAGGUGGGAAUUGGGUGAAACUUUUGCUUCCAUGCUUUGUUUCAAUGGUGCCAAUAUGGUAACUAAGCAAAUUUGGACUGGAGAUAACAUGGAAGCCUCCCCCACUCCUCCUCCUCACAGUGAUCUGGACAUUAAUAGGGGAUAUAAAAAGAUAGGAGCGGCAGUAUGAUCAUUUCCUCAGCUUUAAGAAUUCAAGUGGUUAAGACUAAUAAGAGAAAUGCUAAUCUAUUUUUUUUUUUAACUUGAUGGAAAUUUUUUCCUUCAUCAUUUAGCCUCAGGUCAUGGACAAUUUGAAUAAAACAAUGGUGCAUUAAUUGGUAAUGAACCCAGGGGAGAACAAAUAUUUUCCAUGUGAAAACAGCCAUCUAAAAGCUAUGUAAUGCAGUGGUGAAAACCAGGCUGUUUAUCUGGGAGUUACUGAGGGUGAACGUUGUGGAUCUAUCUAUUCUCCUAUUGCUUAGGAGAAUUCUUUGACAAUCUCUCAGAUUCCUCUGUGGUUUCUAUUAGGCUAAAAGCUCUGAGGAGGAAUAAGCAUGUUCCUUUGUUCCUAGCAUGGCAUGUGUGGGUAUGAUAUAACAUGGUUUGUAUUUUCUAAAGUGCUGCUGGAAUCACUCUGCAACUACAUCAGUUAUGUAAACCUGCCAAGGUUUGUUUUUAGUGAAUAUUGAUGAGAUUUCAACAGAAAACAGAAAUGUUCCAAAUGUCCCAGAACCGUACGAGGAGGAGAAGGAGGGUUGGGGCUAGGGGGUAUCAGAAAUCUCUCCCUCAGUCCGUCCAGAGCCCACCAAGGGGUGGUCUCCUAUAAAUCUGGAGUAGUCCUGUAUAAAAUGAAGAUAUUUCCCUCCAAGUUUUAUCAGUGUUUCAGACUUACUCUUUGGUCUGGCCAAGAAAUUCCUCCCAGGAUUUUGAAGGCAUUACUGGGGCUUUUUCUCCCAAAGUUGGGAGAAUGUUCUGAAGGUCAGGAUAGGGGUUCUCAUGCUGAACAUGCAAAAUGCUGGUGGUAAGAGAGAUUCAUGUGCGACCUGCGUGAGCAACCUACUCCCCCAAGUACCAGGAAUGGAUGCCUACAACUAAACCUUGCUCUCUGUUUCUUCCUGAGAGACAAAGAAUUGUGGGAGCUUGUGAUCAGGAUGAUUUUCAUAUCCAUUUAAUAAGAUAUGUACAACAUUAAGUUGAAAAAUAAUGACACUCUAAAACAAGAUAAGGUGGGUUUCCAAAUUCUGUGGGAAGAUGGGCUUCUGUUAGUGAAGAUCAUCAAAGGGUUUCUCUAAUUGGUAGCUUCCUAGUGGACUGGAAACAUAUCCUAUACAAAGAAAAAUUAGAGCUGACAGUGCGACCAAAAACAUCCUCAAAAACAGCUUCUUUCAGAUUAAGUUGGGAAAUCAGUAGAGAAGAUUGCAUCACAAGCAGUCAUGUUAAAGUGUGGGUGGGUGGUGCAGGGGGAAGCGUAGACCUUUAGACCCAGACAGAAAACUGAGCCAAUCAGGGGACAGCGAAAUAAACCAUUAGUCAUUCAUGUACUUUUUAAAUCUGGAUUUGGAAAUGAUCUGGACCUCUUGCUUUUACUAGCAGAAAGCUUGAGAUCCUGUUUGUUGCCAGCAUGACUGUGAGUAAUGACAAAGCGCUCAUCCUUCUACUACUACCUUCCUUCCACGCAUAUUCCAAAACCUUCAGCUUUGUCCUUUGUCUCCUUCAUUCUAGCCCCAAACACAUUUGAGAAUCUAUUUGUUCCAGAGAAAAGCUGAAAUGCCCUAGUAUAUUCUUCACUAUUUCCCCUCUUUGGAGGGUUGAACUGGCUCUUUAGCACUGGCUUUCUGUUCUACAUUUGACUGUGGAGCUCCAUGAAGUGAAGAACAGAUCUGCAUCCAACACAAUUCUUCCAGCCCACGGCUCCUUGAAGCCUGAAUGAGCUGCCUAUGGUAUGAGUAUGCUCACGAUUCUCUCAUUAAACAGUUGGUAAAGAAGUCUCCAUUUUCAAAUGCAAUUGCUUAUUUUCUGUCUUUGAUGAUGACCCAAGAUAGAAUUUUCUGAAGACACUUCAAAAGGCUCUUCAAGGUUCAGACUUGCAUAGAGAAGGCUCCUGCACUGAAUUCCAUGAGGAAAGCUGGAGAAUUUACAGCCUGUGCCAGGCUUUAUACCCAUAGCUAUCUUCUUAAUUAAUUACUUGUCCUAAAUUCCCUCAUCAUAAUCUGCCUACCAACUAGAUACCAUCUAGCUUCCCCCAGUGGGUCCUUGCACUUCCAAUAUUGUAAUUAUGUGGUUCAUUUAGACUUUUAUUGUUUGAAGGGAAUGGCUUUGCUCUCCAGAGAUUGUCUUGGACAUUGAGAGGUCUUAAGCAGAACAAGCAACCUAGUGCUGCGCUUAGAGCUAGAAAUCGGCUAUUGACAAUAUGACUAAGCAAGCACAUCACAACAAAAAAUGGAUGCAUGGCUCAAUGUGCCUCUCCAAAAAAAAUAUUGUAGCAACAUUUUAGGAAAAAUAAAGGGUCUUUUUUUCUUGUAUUAUUAAUUACACCCAUGCAAAGUAGGUGCAGUGAUUUCCCAGGAUACAUGACAGUGAAGAAUCAUGUCCAUCACUUUUGGGGGGGGCGUGGAUGUGGGCAGUUCAGAGGAUUCAAAACAUAUUUCAAAGCAAUGGCUAAAAUCUCUGCAUCAGAAUAAUGUUCUACCACCACCAAGAAAAGGGGAAACUAUAGUGGCCUCCAUAGUCUUUACUGCAAACAUCAUAUGAGAGGAAUUGAUUCACUAGAGUUUUAACACACAAACCUGGAGGAGAAAAGAAUUUAUGUUGCUGCAAAUCAAAUAAUAGAAAAACUUCCCUAUACUUGUAAUUUUGGUGUUAAAAACACGGUAAGGAAUAAAAGUUGAAAUAACAAAUAAAGGCUGAAUAUUGUGCUCAUUGAAUUUCUAAUUCUGUAUAUAUCUAUUAAAACUUACAGCUCUAUAUGAUGUCUUUACAUGGGUUAUUAUGGGUUGUUUUCAUUUCCUUUCCUCAUUUUUUGGUUUGUAUAUUGAUUUUGUAAGCUAGCUGUGUGUUACCUUUUUGUUUUUUUUAAAAGUUUGUAUGAAAGCCAUAUAUACACAUUAUAGAAUGAAAGGAUUAAUCCUGUAACAGCCCUUAAUGUUUUCCUUAGCUAUUCGGGACUCUGGGAGGUCCUAGAGAAUGUAUAUGGUUACCAAUUGUAUCAACAUAAUUUACUUGCUCUUAGUGGAGAUAAAGAAGUUAAAUAAACUAAUACACAGUG